CUUAUGUCGUGGGCAACGAGUACGAACUCUCAGAUGAGUUCACUUUCCGAGCAAUGCCUGCAGGUCAAGACUGGAGUCCUCGUCUUGCUGUGUAUGGAGACAUGGGUAAUGUCAAUGCACAAUCUUUGACUAGGUUGGAAAAAGAGGCAUAUGCUGGCAUGUACGAUGCAGUCCUGCAUGUUGGUGACUUUGCAUACGACAUGGCUGAUCUUCAAGGAGAAGUCGGGAAUGCAUUUAUGAGACAGAUUCAGCCAUUGGCCGCACGACUUCCAUACAUGACGUGUCCAGGAAAUCACGAGGAAGCCUAUAACUUUUCCCACUACCGACAUCGUUUUAAUAUGCCAGGAGAUGAGGGCCGAACAUACUACAGCUUUAACAUGGGUCCAGUCCAUUUUGUGUCACUGUCAACUGAGCUGAUCUUCUUCUGGUACUAUGGGCCUGAACAAAUCGUCAAGCAGUAUUAUUGGCUAAAGAAAGAUCUUGAGGAAGCCAAUAAACCAGAAAAUCGUAAGCUUCGUCCAUGGAUCAUAGUAUUUGGACAUCGACCCAUCUACUGCUCCAGUUUAGAUACAGAUGACUGCACAAAGAAUGAAGGCAUGACUAAACACGAGUUUGAGAAUGUUCUUUAUGACAAUGGAGUGGAUCUGACAAUCUGGGCUCAUGAACAUUCCUAUGAGCGAUUAUGGCCGCUGUUCAAUAGAACGGUUAUGAAUGGCAGUUAUGAACAUCCUUACACUGACCCAGGAGCUCCAGUUCACAUUAUUACAGGCUCUGCUGGGUGCAGAGAGAAUGUUUCUGGUUUUGUGAAGAAGCCUCCAUCAUGGUCAGCGUUCCGCAGCAUGGACUAUGGCUACACCCGACUGCAUGUACUUAACAAAACUCACGUGCACUUGGAACAGGUGUCCGAUGUGCAGGAUGGAAAAAUUAUAGAUGAGUUUACCAUCAUAAAAACUUCCCAUGGAUCCUAUGACAAAUCCGGUAAGAAGCGAGCUGGAAACUUCCCAAAGGAAGUAAUCAAAGCAAGUCUGCUCAUGAAAGAUGCCAGAAAACUGGAGCUGCCAUGA